CGCGUUCGACGCGUUGCUGGGCGCGGACGCGGACGCGGCCGAGCGCGCGCGCUAUGCAGCUGCCGCCGUCGAGGGGCAGGAGGCGGAGGCCGCCGCUGAGGGCGACGCGCAGGCCGCCCACGAGGAGGCGGUGGAGGCGGAGGUGGUGCUGUCGAUCAGCAUCGACUCCGGGGACGAAUGCGCCGACGCUGCCCUGGCGGCGGUGUCCGAGCCGCGGGGCGAGAGCAGCGGCGCGGCCGUGUCCGAGGCCCCGAUCUCGGGCGGCUCGGUCCAGAGCUCGAGGUCGGCCGACGGGGGCUCCCUGGGCGGCGCGCCGUUGACCAUCGAGGUCGGCCGCCGCGUGCGGCCGAGGACAGCGGAGCCGCCGAAGAGUGCGCCACCCGCCUACGCUUCGGUGGAGGUGUCUGCCGCGUCGCACGCGGCGUGCGCGGGG